AUGAUUAGUCAAAAAAAGUACAUCAAGGAGCUUCUUAAACAGUUUGAAAUGAAAAAUGUGAAGCCUAUUGAUACCUCUAUAGGAACUGCUACUAAGCUGGAUAUGGAUGAACCUGGUCUUUCUGUGAAUGAAACCAUGUAUAGAGGCAUCAUUGGGUCACUGCUACACCUAACUGCUAGCAGGCCUGAUAUUGUGUUUAGUGUAGGGUUGUGUGCUAGGUUCCAAUCAAGUCCUAAAGAGUCUCAUUUGAAGGCUGCUAAAAUAAUAUUGAGGUAUCAUAAAGGUUCACAGGACUUGGACUUCUUCUAUCCCUCUGGAGACAAUUUUGACUUGGUUGGUUAUGCUGAUGCUGAUUAUGCUGGUUACUUAGUGGAUAGAAAAAGUACCUCUGGUAUGGCACAUUUUAUGGAGUCAUGCUUGAUCUCAUGGGGUACAAGGAAACAGAACACUGUGGCUCUCUCUACUACUGAGGCUGAGUAUGUAGCUGCAGCCUCUUGUUAUGCUCAACUGUUGUGGAUCAAAUAA